CUCGGUCGGGACGGGGACGGGGACGGGGCCUGGGUAUCCGGGCCGGAGUGACGAGGGGAGUGUUUGUCGUUAGGGAUUGGGCUCACUGCUAUCCGGUCGGCUCUGAGAGAUCUGCACCGUUCCUGUGUUGGCUGUGUAAGGUUGCCGACAAUCUCUCAGCAUUCCCGCUGUGAUCUUGCUUUGAUUCACUCAGCCGCUUUCUCGCGUCUUGUUCCCUACGGGGUCUGGAGAGGAGAUGCUAACGUUUUGGGCGGCUGUAACACGACGUGCCAACUCUAGUGCUCAGUCCACCGGCUGAUUAACACAAAUGUGCCAUAGGUUGCUUCACCCUCUUGUCAGAGCACCAAAACAGGCCCUUUGGCCCAUCUAGUCCGUGCCUACAUAUUUAAACUGCCUAAUCCCAUCGAUGUGCACGGGACCAUUAGCCCUCCAUCCACGAAUCUAUUCGAACUUCACUUAAAUGUUGAAAUCGAGCUCGCAUGGACCACUUGUGCUGGCAGCUCAUUCCACACUCUCACAACCCUUUGAGUGAAGAAGAUUGCCCUCAUGUUCCCAUUAGACUUUUCACCUUUCACCCAUGACCUCUAGUUGUAAUCCCACCCAGCCUCAGUGGAAAAAUCCUGCUUGCAUUUACCCUAUCUGUCAUCAUCAUCAUCAUUAGGCUCCUCGAUACCAAGAGUCUGGACUGACACCAACUUACGGCCUUCUACUGUGCUUAUGUUUAUUAUUUAUUGUAAUGCCUGCAUUGUUUUGUGCACUUUAUGCAGUCCUAGGUAGGGCUGCAGUCUAGUGUAAUUAUUUUGUGCUGUUUUACUUUGUUUCUUCGUAGUUUUUGUAUUGUUUCAUGUAGCACCAUGGUCCUGAAAAAUCUGCAAGGGAUUGGUUCUGGGACCCUUCACGGAUGCUCAAGUCCAUUUUUCGACCUGUCUCAGUGCGGUGGAUCUUAGGACCUAGCGGAACCAGAGAUUUUAUUUACCCUGUCUCAGUGCGGUGGACAUUAGGACCCGGCACCAGAACUCUGAAUGCACAGUGUUUCUGUUCACGAAUAUAAUCACUAUCACAAUUGAAAAUAAAGUGGAAAUAAUAAAGCGAUCAGAAAGAAGUGAAACACCAUCGGUCAUGGCUACGUCGGUCAAUGAUCGGAACAAUUUUAAAGGAGAAAGUGAGAAAGGCUCUGCCCCGAUGAAAGCUCCAAUUAUUACUAAGCAACGCAGUGGUUUAAUUAUUGGGUUUUGGGUUUUUUAUCCUCCACAUCAACCUGCCAUGGAUGGAGAGUGCACUCAGAAGUGGCCUGUCACUGGAUCAAACUCAAAAAAUUCCGUUCCCGAGCCCGGCGCUGAAACAAGUGUUUUAUAUGCAUAGAAAGGGGAAUGUAGCAAGCCACCAAAAUUGGAAAAUGGCAUGCUAGAAGAUAGGUAUCGUGGGACGGAAUCAUUUGCAAGUGGAUCCAGGGUCUCUUACGUAUGUAACCCUGGUUACAUUUUUUCUCAAAACGAUCGCAGAUCUAUUACUUGUAAUGAAGGUGUUUGGAAAUCAUUACGAGCCACCUGUACACCAAAGAGCUGUGGAAGUCCAGGGGAAAUUAUGAAUGGGUAUUACCGGGGUGACAAUACUUUUGGAAGUAAGAUUACAUUUCAUUGUAAUGAAGGAUAUAUGUUGGUGGGUAGAAAUUACCGGUUGUGUGAAGUUGAUGGAUGGAGUGGCCAGGUACCUACAUGUGAAGUUGUUAAAUGUCCUGACAUUCCGGCCAUUGAGAAUGGAGAUAUAUCAAAGCCUUCUACAGAGUCAUGGGAAUACGGAAUGGUGGCCAAAGUUUCAUGCCAUGGCGACUACUCAUUGAUCGGUGAACGCAAGCUUAUCUGUGAAAGUGAUGGAAAUUGGAAUCAUCCCUUUCCAAAGUGCAAAGAUGUUAAGUGUCCGGCUCCUGAUAUUCCGAACAAUGUCCUCAUGGUAUCGACAUACAAACCGACUUAUAAAUAUCAGGAGCAAAUCAGUUUCCGGUGUGAAAAAGGUUAUGAGACAGAGGGCGAUGGUCACAUUGUAUGUGGAGAGGACGGCAAUUUUUCACGCCCACCACCCACCUGCACACCACGGAAAUGUAACAGGCCACCAGAAUUGGAAAAUGGCUUACUAGAAGAUCAGUAUCGUGGGAAGGAAACAUUUGCAAGUGGAUCCAGGGUCUCUUACGUAUGUAACACUGGUUACACUUUUUCUCAAAACGAUCGCAGAUCUAUUUCUUGUAAUGAAGGUGUUUGGGAACCAUUACGAGCCACCUGUACACCAAAGAGCUGUGGAAGUCCAGGGGAAAUUAUGAAUGGGUAUUACCGGGGUGAUGUUACUUUUGGAAGUAAGAUUACAUUUUAUUGUAAUGAAGGAUAUACUCUGGUGGGUAGAAAUUACCGGUUGUGUGAAGUUGAUGGAUGGGGAGGCCAGGUACCUACAUGUGAAGUUGUUAAAUGUCCUGACAUUCCGGCCAUUGAGAAUGGAGAAAUUUCAAGGCUCUCUACAGACUCAUGGGAAUACGGAAUGGUGGCUGAAGUUUCAUGCCAUGGCGACUACUCAUUGAUCGGUGAACGCAAGCUUAGGUGUGAAACUGAUGGAAAUUGGAAUCAUCCCUUUCCAAAGUGCAAAGAUGUUAAAUGUUUGCUUCCGGAUUUUCCUGACAAUGUUCGCGUGGUAUCGACAUACAAACAUACUUACAAAUAUCAGGAUGAAGUCAUUUUCCAGUGUAAAGAAGGUUAUGCGAUGGGCGGCAAUAGUGUCAUUGUAUGUGGAGAGGACGGCAAUUUUUCAUCCUCACCACCCAGCUGCACAGAAACUUCAAAACGCUCUCAUCUAUAUCUAAUAAUACUUGUAGUUAUUAUUCCUAUAAUCGGGAUAGUAAUAUGGAAAAGACAUGACAUAUCUAGAAUGCUGAUGAGAAACAGGAAAAGAGACCUCGAGAACGGAGAGGCACUUUCCAAUCAGAUGGAGCGCCUUGCAUCUGCUAAAGCGACAAAGUAAUGGACUUCAAUUUUAAAAAAGAUCGGUACUAUGAAGUUAUCAUUUUGAAUUUGAUUAAUUAUGGCAGAGGUGUGGAACUGGAACUUCUCCUGCUGUGUCGAACAAGUGUAUCGAGUAUAGACAUUCGAUUAAGCAAAUCCUGCAUUUCCUUAGCGGUGUUUUUAAAAGAAAAGGAUGAGAAUACUCAGUCAAAAUUAUGUGCCAGCUCAAUGAAGUUGCAAAGCAGCAGAUUAAAUGGAAAUGUUCUCAUGCUUGCAAAGGAAUGUUUAUGAAACUUCAGAUCAAUUGUAAAGAAUUAUAUAGACAUUUAUAUUACCCUGAAAAAAUAUCCCAUUUGGAAGCUCCGGAGUAGCUGAUCCCAGUAUCUACUAGAGGAUCCAAGUUGUAUGAUUGUUUCAUGCUAUUUCUAAAUUCAUAAUUGAUAUAGAUUAUUCCAGGUGAAGAUACUUAUUGAGUCUGUUAAUUUUGUUUGAGUGCUAUUUAAUAUUUAAAUCUGAUGUUUCAAUUUGUGGGUGCUUUUGAAAUCAGCAAAACCAGUGCCAGAGUAUUCUUGUUCAGAGGGUCUCAGUUUGUUCCAACAACCUGUUUUAAACAUCUGGACAGAUGAUAGUGACAUUGGUAAUAAACCAGCUUACUGAGGUUAAUUACAUUUUGUUCAAAACCAAAUUCGAAGAUGCAUAAAAAACGGGUGCUUCAAAAGAAGUCAACUUGUGUUUUUAAAACUUAAUUAGAACUUCUGAUUAAUUUCACUGAAGUCCUGCACAGCAGAAAUGUAACUUGCUCUUUGCUAAUUCAGCACAAAAGGUGGAUUUGUUUCUCUUUCCUUGUGUGCUGCUUUCAAGAUGCUCCUGGCAAAGCGUUGUUAGUCUUUAUACCUCUUCUAAAGCUGGGCUAGGAUUACCCCUCCAAAGGCAUGCAGUUCUGAACAACGCGAGCAAGUAGGUGGUUGCUUGAGGGGUGCAACUGAACCGCUCUCCUUUGCAGAAGAGGCCAGAAUCUUCCCAUGUCACCCGAUGUGAGACCACCAUUCUUACUUAAACCCUUCACCCCUACUGGGACCUAGGCCUCUGACAGCUGCUCGCCAGGAUCCUCUGUCCUGCGCACGUCUUUCUAAUUGUCCCCAGGUAUGGCCCGUCUUCAAGGCGAAGAUCCUCGCUCUCCCGGGGAUGAGGCCCUUGUAGCUUCUAGUGGUGUUUCUGUUGAUCUGGGUUUUUAUGGGAAGGGGUUGCUAGCCCAUGCCCAACCCACCGACCUUCGAAGCCGGGGUUGGGUCUGCCCGUGGAAGAGUUGAUACCACUGUUUGCUCACCAUUAUUAUUAAUUGGCACUUGUAUCUUUGCUGAAUAGAUGUUUAUGUUCUGAUUUUGAAUGAGAUUAAGAAAUCUGAAAUUGGUGCAAGCACCUGUGGGGCUUUUCUGUGUUAGGAGCUUCAAAGAGCCACUAGGCAGCACCUUAAUGAUGUCGAAAUGAAGAACACUAAUUUUAGAGACUUACUGUUUACUCUUUAUGCUGACUGGCUUUUUUUUUUAGGUAAAUUGUAAAAUUGUGAUGAUGCUCGAAAUUCUUGCCAAUUGACUACACAGUAAGGCAGCGUAAACUUGUAGAAGCUGAGGGUUGGAGAGAACUGAAGAUGGAGAGUUGUGAGGAAGCUGGAACAGAGUGGGAGUUUAGAGGCAAAGCUUGAGACACAGCUAAACAUUCAAUAAGGGAACACCUGCCGGGAAGAGGGUUGAGGCCAGACUAGACAUUACACUAAGCUGGAGGGAAAACUUCAGAUGAAACCAGAGCUUGGGUGAGAAGUCCUGUCGAUUUUAGUUGUUGAGCGGAUGGGAGUCACACAGAUAACAAGAGCAUGUAAAAUUUUGUCCAUAGUGGAUCAAGGAUCUCGUUUAUUGUGCGAAUAGUGCACAUUGUGGCCUUAUUUAUUUAGAAGUUCCAAGGUGCAAUAGAAUUGCUCUUGGCUUGUGAUUUAAUUUUUCACUUUAUAAUUUUAAGUGAAAUAAAGUGCUAAAGAAUUCUUGCACUUAAGUUACAGUAUUGGCACCUUAUACCUAAACUUUGGUGUUUUUAUUAUAUGCCCGAUGAUAUUUAUUAGUAAAUUUAUGGUUGAAGUUACCAUAUACUUCUGAAUGUACUCAACACAUCUGUUCACAAAGUUCACGUUCCCAGUGGGAAAGAUAUAGCAUGCAUCCUGUAUCCACUGUUGUUACAACAUUUUUGUUUUUGAUGGGCAGGGCUCAUCCUGUUGCUCUUCUUCACUUUGGAAUAUGGUGUUUACUUGUUUAUUUUGCAGUGCUUAUCAAGGUCAUGUAUAUUAUAAAACAGACCUAAUGUCAAAGACUUAGUACGUCCUGAAUCUGAAAGUACCACCCAGUUGUCAGUUUAACUUUUAAAGUACAGUGAAAGUUGAUUAACUUGUUUUUGUCUAAACGAGCCCGUUCAGCUUUGGAUCUAAUGUCCAAGCAUUAAAUAUAGUUUCCAAGUGCUGUUAUCUCAACUGCUCAUGUUAAUAAAAUCAUUGCACUAA